CCCGAUGGGAGCACACCACCAAUAAUCCAUCCAUCCAUGGCGCCUCCCACCAAUUACCCCCCUCCCGCGCCCCUCUUCUUCCAACCCACCCCUCCCGGCCCCUCCCUCGUCGGCGCCAACCACACCGACGCCCGAUUCUGCGCCCGCUAGUCCCCGGAUUCCCCGCCAGAUCACCAGAUUGGCCUGUUCCCCGCCUCCGCACGCCAGAUUCGCCGCUAAAACCGUAGCCCAGCCGCCAAGGCAGCUGGGAUCGGCAUGGAGCCGGCGGCGACGCGGAAGUGGCCCGGGCAGGGCGCCCUCACGCGCGCGCUCCUCCUCGGCGUCGCCGCCCUCGCGCUGCGCCUCCUCUACGGGGCCUUCGUCGCCGUCGGCGGCGGCGGCGGCUGGGCGCCCUACCCGGCCGUGCCCGCCGCCACCGUAGUCGCCAGGAGGACCCACGUCCAGGCCGGGUCGCCGGAGGCGUGGCGCAGCCGCGAGUGGCGCCGGGCCGUGGACUUCCACGCCGAGGCCCUCGGCCGGCACCUCGCCGACGGCCUCCUCGACACCUCCUCCCGCGCCGUCUGCCUCGGCGGCGCGCAGGAGGCGCUCGCGCUGCGGGAGCUCGGCGUCUCCGGCGCCGUCGCCGUCGCGAAGAAGCGCUCGCCGCCGCUCGCCGUCGCCGGGGACGACCGCCGCCUCCCCUUCCCCGCGUCCUCCGUGGACUUCGUGUUCGCCGGCCGCGCGCUGGACACCUCCAAACACCCAUCCGACCUCGCCGCCGAGGCCGCGCGGAUCUUAAAGCCGGACGCUCACCUCGUCGUGCUCACGUCCAGCGCCGGGGACGCCUACAGCCGCCGCUCGCUCCAAACCCUGCUCCCAACCUUGCAGUUAGUCCGAUCUCGCGAGAUCAACGGCCCCGACGGGUCCGCACUCCGGGAGCUGGUCUUCCAGAAGCUCAACGCCACUCCGGCGUACACCUCUUCAGCCCACAACUGCACGAUCGGGGAUCACAAGCUCCACCUCCUGACGCGCGCGGAGCCACUGAUCCAGGAGGAGCCGCUGAAGCCGUGGCUCACGCUGAAGCGGAACAUCCGGAACAUCAAGUACCUUCCAGAGCUCGCCGACAUCAGCUUCAAGCGCCGGUACGUGUACGUCGAUGUUGGCGCGCGCAGCUACGGGUCCAGCAUCGGGAGCUGGUUCCGGAAGCAGUACCCCAAGCAGAACCAUACGUUUGAGGUGUUCGCCAUCGAGGCCGACCCGGCGUUCCACCCUGAGUAUGCCACAAGGAAGGGUGUCACAUUGCUUCCGUAUGCCGCCUGGGUCAAGAAUGAGACGCUCAGCUUUGAGAUCAAUGGUGAUCCUGGGAAGGAGGAUGAGGCUAAGGCCAAUGGCCGUGGCAUGGGGCGCAUCCGUCCCACUGCCGGUAAGAAGAUGUCCGGGAAGGUGCGGAGUGUGCCGGCGUUUGAUUUUGCCGAGUGGUUGAAGCAGACGGUGUCGGAACAGGACUAUGUGGUGAUGAAGAUGGAUGUGGAGGGCACUGAGUUUGACCUGAUCCCAAGGCUUUUCGACACGGGCGCGAUUUGCUUGGUCGACGAGGUGUUCCUCGAGUGCCAUUACAACCGGUGGCAAAAGUGCUGCCCUGGCGAGCGGUCGCCCAAGUAUCAGAACACCUACGAGGAGUGUUUGGAGCUGUUUAGCUCGCUCCGGGAGAGCGGUGUUCUUGUGCAUCAGUGGUUUUGAUUACUGCCGUGCACAUUGGAGUUGCUGCAAAUAGAGUUCGACUACAGACGACAUAAGGGUUUUUCACACUUCCACUACAUGUUUUAUUUUCAAAGUAUUUUUUGGUUGUCAUUGUGAAGAUAGGGAUUCAGGAAUUGGAUUAUUAUCCGUUUGUUAGAUCCUGUAGUUAAAAGGUAAUUGAGGUAAAGAAAGUUAGUCUUUAACUGCAUUCCCAGUAAAAUUUGCUGCGGAUUGCCAUUGUUACUAUUAUUAUUGAGGAAAUGAAUUGUUCCAUUAGAUUCA